GUCAUUGGUGGCUCCUUUUCGGCCCGAUCGUAUAUAAAUACCGAUUGAUGAACUGUGUUUAAAUCAGUCCUUUAUCCGACUUCAUAUUAAGCACGCACUCGUCAAACGGCGAGGUUUUAGAUUAAGUGAAAGAAUUAUAUCAUUUAAUACAACAAAAUGCAAGUGGUUUCAAUAUUUAUCGCGGUUCUUGCCGUUAGCAGAUUUGCUAUUGCUCAGUCCCAAUCGGGCUACAACUAUCCAAGCCCAUUCAAUCAACUGUCUCCAGGAGCAGCCGGUGAUUUAGGCGGUGUACCCGGAUCGAAUGCUCAACAGCCAAUUUCAUAUCCUGGAUCUCAACCCGCUUAUAAUAAUCAACAAUUUACACCUUCAGGCCCACAAGGACCACCAUCAUCGUUUGGCACAACUCCUACUCCCAUUCCCAGUUACAAUCAACAAUCAUUCGGACAACCAACUGCGGUCAGUUUGCCAGCAAGUAUUCCCGGCGGCCAUUCGAGCAUUCCAGGUGGUCACUCAAGCGUUCCAAGUCAUUCUUCAGGUGGUUUUGGUCCAUCUUCUGCUUCAAGUGGUUUUCCAGCAACUUCUGUUCCAUCAUCGAAAGGCUUUGAAUCCAGUUUCCCCCACCAAGGUCACUCAAGUACAGCUGGUCAUGUAGGUGGUCAUUCAGGCUCUCAUUCAGGCAGUGUACCAAGCUCGCAUGUUGGCAUUGCUGGCACAUCAUUCCCAGCCCAAUCAUCUGGUUUCCCAGCAUCAGCUGUAGAUAGUGGUAGUGCUGGUUUUGGAGCUCCGAGUGCACCAGGCUUCUCACAAGGUCAACCAUCGUUUGGCGGACAAGGCAACAACUUCGGUGGACAAGGCUCAAGUGGUGGAGAAAAUGACGGUUCAUAUCCAGGUGGCGAUUACUCUGCUAUUCCAGGAGUGCCUGGCCAGGAUUAUCCAAUUUACACGGAAAUUCCAAAAACUUCAUUCGAUUGCAAGCAACAACAAUACCCUGGCUACUAUGCAGAUGUUGAGGCGCAAUGUCAAGUUUUCCAUAUCUGUGCAUUGAACACGACUUUCAAUUUCCUUUGCCCGAACGGAACCAUUUUCAGUCAAGAGCAUUUGGUUUGCGUAUGGUGGAAUCAAUUCGACUGCAAUUCAGCGCCAAGCUUGUAUGGAAACAAUGCCUACAUCUAUGAUUAUUCGAAAACUGGCCAGUCGCAAGAUGGUCAAGGGCCAUCAAGAAACUUCGGAAAUGCACCUGAUGCCGGAAACAGCUUUGAUGGUGGAGCUCAAGUCCCUGGUUUCGUCGGUGCUCAAGGUGGAUCACCAGGUUUUGGUGGUGCAUCGCAGCCAGGCAGUGGAUUUGGACCAUCGUCUUCUGGUUCAAUUGGAUCAGGUGCUGGAUUUGGGCCAUCAUCUGUUUCGCCUGGAUUUGGUGGUCAAUCACCAUCCACCGGAUUCGGUCCGAGUGCCGCCGGAGCACCUGCAUUCAGCGUACCAUCAGGAUCAUCUGGCUUCGGUCCAUCGUCAUCAGGAGCACCUGGAUUUGGCUCUGGUGCCACCGUCGGCUAUCCAAGUUCGUCAUCAGCAGGUAAUAUUCCAGCAUCUGGAUUUGGACAACCCACGUCUUCCCAUUCAUCAGGCUUUGGUCAGUCGCAUGUUCCAUCAAGCAUUCCAUCAGUUGGUGCAUCACACACUCCUUCUCAUAAUAUUCCAUCAAGCCAUAGCUUCCCAUCGCAAUCGCAUGGCGGUGCCGAGCAAUAUCCAAUUGUUCCACCAAGUCAAACCGAUUAUAAUCAAUCACCAGUCAUCGUACCAACAAUCCCAAGCAGCCCAGCACCGUUCAUUCCAGGUGGUCCAGCAACUGGUUAUCCACCGGCUGGUACACCACCAUCUGGACCUGCACUAACCGCAGAACAACCAAGCCGCGAAUACUUGCCACAAAGAAGGACAAAGUAA